AUGUCAUAUAACUUUGAAUCAGGAUUAUCCGAAGCACUUGAACAAUUGUUUAAAAUAGAAACGGAUUAUAAUGUUAUCAUUCACAUUGGAAAAGAACCUAAUUUUAAGGAAUUUCAUGCUCAUUCUAAUAUUUUACGCUGUAGGUCCGAAUAUUUUAAUAAAAUAUUAUCUUCUGAAUGUAUUGAAGGAGGGAAAUACAUAAUUAAGGAACCAAAUAUCUCUCCUCAAGAAUUUGACAUUAUUCUAAGGUAUAUUUAUACUGACAAAGUUGAUAUGGUCAAUAUAACUGGAACCAAGAUUUUAAAGUUUAUGAUUAUUUCUGAUGGAUUAAUGUUGAAUAAAUUAACCAAAUUUACUGAAUAUUUUAUUGUUGAAAAUUACCAACAAUUCUUGCGAAAUGAUCCAGUCGGAAUUCUUCAAUCUCUUUAUUAUUGUAAAGCAUUUGUUGAUUUACAAGAGUUUUGUUUGAAUAAAAUUUGUUUUAAACCAGAAAUUUUAUUCAAUUCUGAUAAAUUCAAUCAAUUACCUGCUCCUUUAUUGGAAAUUAUUUUAAAACGUGAUGAUUUGAAUUUAAAUGAGAUAGAAAUUUGGGAAUAUUUAAUUAAAUGGGGAUUAGCACAAGAAGAAAUACUUAAUCAAGACGUCUCUAAAUGGAACAAGGAUGAUUUUAAUAUUUUUAGAAGUAUUCUUUACAAGUUUAUUCCUUUGAUUAGAUUUUAUGAAAUAUCUAGUGAAGAUUACUUUAAUAAAGUUAAACCUUAUGAAAAAGUUUUAUCUAAAGAAUUAAGAAAUGAUAUUAUAAAAUUUUAUAUGAUUCCUGGAUUCAAACCAACAUACACACCAAGAAAUUCGAACUACUUGAAAUGUAACAUUGAUUCUAUUAUAAUUAAUCAAAAUCACAUUGUACUUUUUAUAAAUUGGAUUGAUAGAAAUAAGGAAAAAUAUGUUAAUAAUAUUCCUUAUGAAUUUAAACUUUUAUAUAGAGCUAGCAGAGAUGGAAAUACAGCUGCAGCAUUUCAUGAUAAAUGUGAUAAUAAGGGAGCUACCAUAGUUAUAGUAAAAAUUAAAAAUUCAGAACAAAUAGUUGGAGGAUAUAAUCCACUUAGUUGGGAUUCUAGUGGCAUUGAUAAAUCUACAAAAGAUAGCUUUAUUUUUUCAAUUGCAGAUAAAAAUAACCUUCAAAGUGCAAAUGUAUCUUAUAGUAAAGUUCUAAUAUUUGGUACCAUAGUUCACAGAGAUUUUCUUCUUAUUUUACAAUUAAUUUACCAAAAAGUAUGA